GACACGCUUGGGAGCCUUUUCGCCUUCGCCAUCAGAAGUGAUGUAUCAAACUGUCAAACCUGUAAAGAGAUACGAGACAAGAUGGUUCGAUUAAUUUUUGGACGUAGUCGACUAAAGCCAAAGUGGGGUUUGGCUUGAGAAUCAGAUUGGUUUUGAUGUCAGACUCGUGUAUAGGGUGACAUGUGUUUUCCCGCUCCCGAUGAGAAAGUCGCGGGCACUCAUAAAGUUCACAGAGCUCCAAAUGAGAUGUUUUUUAGUGCAAAUUGUUGCUGGGGUGGAGAGCUAUUAUUGGGACAAAAGAUGUCUGUUCAGCCCUUUCCACAGCUGCUCACCACACAUCCAUGCAGACGCACUCACCAUCUAUUCUCUCACAGCUGUAUGUGCUAAACGGUAAACAGAUCCGUCCAGGGUUCGCUGCUCCCGGCCGGCUCUUCCCACAUUCAAGUUGUCCGCACCAGUGACAUUCUACAAUCUUUGAAGUUUGGCUCAGAGUUGUUUAAUACGAGCGGAUAGAUGGAUGACACGUGAAUAAGCCCUCCAAAGGCAGGGCGUGGAAAAUCUACGACCCCUGGGCUUUAUACGGCCCGCCAGAGUAUUUGAUCCGGCCUACCAUGCAAUUCUAAAAACAAAUACAACCCAAGAGGAACUUUUGGGAAGAACUGAAAUGGUUCUUGAUAGGAAAAUGUUUCCCCGCCCUUGUCCUAGAGGGAGCUGUGGUCUAUUUUAGUAGAAAACCUUUUAGAUUCCCUUGGCAGCUGUGUUGUUGCUUUUGGGAUAAACAAAGAUGGAAAUACCAACAUGACUGUGUUCAUAUCUUUGGUUCAGUGGCUCUCAAAGGAGACUUUGAGAGUGGCCAGAUACAAGGAAGGCCGAGUAAUAAUAAAAGACUAAUGUCAUCCCCGGGACUGAUGGAGGAGGAGUCCUCCCACGCAACCUCACCUUGCUUUUCUCAGCAGGAAACUGAUUUUUUUUUUUUUUUCCUCCCCCCAUGGUAUCUGGUAUGUACACUGCAAUGAAUCAGUCUGUUGGUUGACAUCAGCUGUCUGUAGAUUGUGAAAGAGGCUCUCUGUUCAUUGACCCUGAGGCUCUGCGUUUUAACAUGAGCUUCCUGGCAACCGGUGACUAUGCGGAUGCUUAACUAGGACAGUAGGGAAGUGAACAUUGUUGGGUUUAAUCUAGAUAAAGGUAAGCUUUCAUACACUGCUUUGGAGAGUGGACCCUGUGCUCCGUUUGAAGCACUUAAGCAGACAAAAGGAAACUUUAGCAACGCAAAAGAGCUGUUUCUCGUUGGUGAUGCCAACUCACCAUGAAGGAGUCGCUCGCUGCAAGUUCUAACUCAGUUCCCUCUAAGGUAGUUUAGGCGGUACAAAAUGUUCUCCAGUGUAAAAUACGCUCAGCAUGCCAUCCAUUUUACGUCACCAUUGUUUUGUUGUUAAGGGUUUAAAGUAGUAGUAGUAGAUUAUUACUGCUGGUACUUUUUAUUUCUAACCUAGCCUGGGGAAUAGAUUGAUUUAAUUAUCCACCUAUGGUCUCUUCAGAUAAGAGUUCAAGGUGUUCCUUUAUUGCGCUUAUAACUCAAACUCUAACUCAACAUCAUAUUUCAAGCCCUAAGCUAUCUCUUUACAUUGAAAUGAAUGGGAAAGACAAUAAUCUGUUCCAAGAAGAAACUAAAUUGCUGACAAAAAAAUAUCUGAAAGACUGAAUUUGUGAAAUAGUGAACUACAAACAAGAGUAGUUAUUCUAUAUAUAGAAUAUAUUGACAAUCAUAUCUAACUUAGCUUGUGCGGUUUGUUCCAAUUUUUAUUUUUAUUUAUUAUGAUACACAAACACUGGCUCAGAAGCUUUAUAAUAACCAUUUAAUGAGAGAAUUUUCGGUUGGUUGAUUAACUUGUGUAUGCCGUCAAGACAAGUACCUUUCCGUGAGUCCUGCUUGUCAAAUUGCAAAUAAUGAAAGACUUGUGAAUGUCGUGUCCUUGGUGCACUCCAAGCACUCGUCAUCACUGAGAUGAGUUGCAGUGUUGUCGUAGUCGAGUCUAGUGGCUUAUUGUGGGCAGCCGAAGAGGCCGGUUGCCGUGAUACAACGUUCGCUGGAGACCGCAGGAAUGUGCUCAUUCUCUCUCCCGUUUUUGCUCCUAACCGUCUUCCCUAUUGCUUCCUUUUUGUGUUUCUCGCUUUCAUUCGACACUUUCCUUCCCGGACCCCGGCGGUCCGGACACAGACACGACAGUGUGCCGCUGCGGCAGAGGCCAAACAACGACGACGGAAGCGAUGCAUGUGGCGAGCGAGAGGAGAAAGCAGAGCAGGGCUUGCCACACUAAUGAGGCAACAAGACAGAUUGGAGGGUCGUGUUCAGAACAUCGAUGAGCACAUUACCAAGCUGGAGUCCGACAAGACGCUGAUGAAGGAUGCCGUUUCAGACCUGAAGGAGCGAGUCCGGGACCGGUACCAGAGGAUGCACAGCUUGCUGGAAGCCAAACAGUGCGAAAGUAUUCAGAUGCUAGAGAGAACAUACAGAACAUACAGGAGGAAAAACUCCCAACAGGUUUUGCAGCUCAACGAGAGACGGCAGCAAGCGGAGAAACUCCUGAGCUCAGUGCAAGCCUUCUUUCAAAGAGCCGCCGACAUCAACUUUAUGAAGAACACAAAACCUUACCAACUACUAAUUGACAGAUCCAAUUUGCAGCUGAGCAGUUCUGUCCCACCACUCCUUGUGGGCCAAAUUAGCGCUCAUCAUUUCUUCUCGGGCCUAUCAACAGAGGAGAAGAAUCUGCGCAAAAUACUAGAAGAACCCAUCAAUGACGCUUCUAUCCUUGAGGUAGUCCAGACACACUCAAGCUCUCUUGGCGCUCGCUCAGGACUCAAAAAGAGGAAAUAUGGCAUGGCUUUCCUGGAGAGUGCUACAGAAAACUCCACUUCCCAGCACCCCCCGCCUUUUCUCUACACAAACAAAAUGCCUCUCCUGACUGAACCCAGCCAGCGUGACUCAAAUAUGUUCUCUGACGUUCUGGGCCAGAAUGCUCAUUCCGGUCAAGGCCACAGUCACUUCCUGGACACCUCAAACCAUCAUGUGAUGGGCCAACACCCGGGAGCCAUUUUCUCGUCGCAUCUACGCGGAGGGGGCGUGUCCCAGCAGGCUGUGUAUGAAGGGAGGAAAGUCCUGAUGUGCUCGCGGCCUGCAACCGCUCGACCACUUUACCCGACGCACGACUCAUUCGCCCCUAUUAAUUCUCAGGAGUAUGGCCCCAUACCUGGCAGCCAGCCCUUACAGCAUUUACCCAUGAGAGGACUGAUAGAAGCCUCGCAGGCAUCCAGGGGCCCUGACUAUUUUGGCUUGUACAGUCAAUCUGCAAGCAAGCAUUAUGGAACCAAGUAACAAUAUGGUAGAAUCCUCAUCAAGAAUGUAAUGCUCUGUGACUGGCUUGCGACCAGUUCAGGGCAUCCAUCUGCUGCCAUUCUCCCAGUCAGCUGGGAUAGGCUCCAGCUCACCCACAACCCCAAUGAUGAUAAAAAUGGUACCAAAAUGGCUGUACAGUAGGGAGUACGUUUUGAUACAGUACAGUUGUAUUGGAUCUAAUUGUCCAAGUGUACCUAAUAAAGGGUCCCAUUAGUCAUGAUCACAUCAAUUUUAAAGCAAGAUUGGCACUUAUGAGACAUUAUUUUAGAACAUCUCUUUGGGUCCUUUAAACAGCUGUAAUUUCUUUUACUGUCAACUCACCGUGACAUCAUAUAGUGGAUAAUACAGUUGGGUCUCGAAUCAAUGCAGUCAGUUGAGGGUAUGUUAUAUAUUUGAAAAGAAAAUCCACAGUGAACUGACCAGACAUCAGUGCCUAAGAAGACUAAUAAUAUGCUCUUAUUUUGUUGUGUCAUUUCCGGUUAGCUGCUGAAAGCAUGCAAGAAAGCUAUUAUGCACUCCAAAGUCAAUGUGGCUUGGAACAAAAUACCGGAAGACGGAUGCUUGUGAGGAUUUUAAUACAUUUGUAAAGGUUACAAGAAACCAGAAUCAGUGGAAAUGCCAAAUAAACUUCUACUGUGGA